AGAACCGAAGCAGCCUUCCGGGACGCAGCUGCAGUCUGUAUCAGCCUGUGUCAGGGCUUUGCGCUGCGCUGCUGCAUUUUCAUUUCGUCCAGCGGGAUAAAAACCGACUGCGAGCUCCAACCUCGGAUCUCUUUCACUGAUGUCUAAGAGGCAUCAUGACACCUCCUAAGCAGUGGCUGCUGGUCGGGUUUGCGCUUCUGUGCAUUUGUGGAUCCGUUGAAUCGAAAAGGAAUUUCAAAUGUCCUUCAGGAUGCUCCUGCUCCAAGGAGACCAUCAUCUGCGUCGGUACCUCACAGAUCCCCAGGACUAUACCGAACGAGAUCAACUCCCUAAGCAUGGUCAAUGGAUCCAUUGCAGAAAUCACAGAGGGGAUGUUUUCACUGAUGCCUUCUCUUCAGCUGCUGCUUCUAAAUGCAAAUUCUCUGACCACAAUCAAAGAUGAUGCCUUCUCUGGUCUGCCUCAUCUAGAGUAUCUAUUCAUUGAGGGGAACAAGAUUGAAACAGUCACCAAAAAUGCCUUUCGCAGUCUACGAGGUUUGACUCAUCUCUCCCUUGCAAAUAACAGGAUGAGGUUUCUGCCAAGAGAUCUCUUUUUUGACUUGGAUUCGUUGCUGGAACUUGAUCUGCGAGGCAACUCUUUCCAGUGCAGUUGUGAAAACAAGUGGCUGAUGACGUGGCUGAAAAACACAAAUGCCACAGUGUCAGAUGUCUUCUGCGCCGGCCCCAAUGACAUGAAGGGCAAGCGGCUCAAUGACCUUCCUAUUCCGCCAGGCGAAUGUAUUUCUACAGACUUUGUGCGUCAUCAGUCCAUUCCCAUUCAGUCCAUGUCAGCAGACAUCUUCUCCUUUAAAGAGGACAUCUACGUGGCGAUGGCCGCCCCCAACACCAACAGCUGCGUGGUCAUGGAGUGGGAUCACAUCGAAAUGAAUUUCAGGAAGUUUGAUAACAUAACAGGGAAAUCUGUUGUUGGAUGCAAGUCAGUGCUGGUUGAAAACCAUGUCUUGAUAAUCGUCACUCAGCUCUUUGGCGGCUCCCACAUUUACAAGUUUGAUGAUCAACAAAACAAAUUCACCAAGUUUCAAACUAUUGAGGUGUUCAACAUCUCGAAGCCAAAUGAUAUUGAGGUCUUUCAAAUGGAAGGUGAUUGGUAUUUUGUGAUCGUGGACAGCUCCAAGGCGGGACUGUCGACUCUCUACAAGUGGACCGACCAACCGGACCGCAAUGAGACUGGUUUCUACUCCUACCAGUUCCUCCAUGAAUGGUUCCGGGACACUGAUGCUGAGUUUGUGGAGGUAGACGGAAAGUCUUACCUCAUCUUAGCCAGUCGCUCUCAGCCGCCUGUCAUCUACCUGUGGAACAAGAGCACAUUGAAGUUCAUACUUCACGGCGAAAUCCCAAAUGUGGAUGAUGUGGUGGCGAUCAAAGCCUUUCGGGUGGAGGGUGAGAUGUUCCUGGCCAUGACUUGCUACAUUGGUGACUCCAAAGUCCUCAAGUGGACCAAUAAGCAGUUCACUGAGGUGCAGCCUCUUCCUUCCCGAGGAGCCAUGAUCCUCCAGCCCUUCACCUUCGCAGACAGACACUAUCUGGCUCUUGGCAGCGAUUAUUCCUUCACACAGAUCUACCUAUGGGACGGGGAGACAAAAACAUUUCACAAGUUCAAGGACAUCUAUGUGCAGUCGCCUCGCUCAUUCACUGUGGUGACCACCGACCGGAGGAGUUUCAUCUUCUCCUCCAGCUUCAAGGGCAAAUCAAUGGUUUUCGAGCAUAUAUUUGUAGACUUAAGCUUGUAAUACUAAACAGAAUAACCACUGAUACACAAUAUGUGUUGGUCACCUAGAUCGAUUAUGUGUGUAUGCUAUAAAGGAGUCUCAAAUGCUGUAUAUCUUCCUUAUGCAACUAAAUAUAACCUUCUUGGUUUGAGACGAAAGUUUGUUGCCAAGUUUCUGUAAGGUUUAUACAUUUCUAGCAAAUCUGGGAAUACGAUCAAUGUUAGACCACAAGUAGUUUAUUUUAAGCUGAAGGCUGACAGAAAUAUAAAACAAUUGCAACCUUUGAAAUGAAACCGCACGAAGAAGACAUAUCCUUAAAAGGCCUUGGCUUUCAUUGUAAUUCUAUCAAACAAAGAGGUAGGGAGUGUCCACUGACAUACUCUUUAAGGAUUUCACAAAUUAAAAGCCUUAUUUAAAGCUUAAAUAUAUGAUUCUUUUUUGAUGCACCAGUGAACUUGAUGCAAGUUCCUUUUGCCUCAAAGAAAGAAGGAAAAUCUGAAAUGCUAUUCAGUGCAUGGUCCCUCACCAAUCUACACUGAACAAAACCUAACAAAAAAAAAUAUUUUAGUGACUUCUCAAGGUGUCAGUCAGCUCAAAGUAUAAUUUCAAUAAUAUAUUGUCUGACCAGGGCUAAAGCCACACUUAAAGACGGGGUGAAUAACAUGCUGAAAUGUGAUAAUCAUUUAAAUAUAGAGAGAAAAAUGCACACUUCAUUCACCCUUUGCCUGAAAGUGUACCUGAAAAUUCUUCGUAGAGCUGCAUGCACGAAACGUUGCAGAAGUAACAGUGAGAGAAAAUUUUUAAAAAGGAGCUCAAACCUUUCUUACUCACCUCCUGUGAUAUCACACCCGGUUUCUUGGCUUAACUGUUGGUUUGCCAGUUUCAGAAAAUUCCAAAAACGUAGAAAUUGUGUGCUCUAAACACUUGAGGUGAAGCGAUUAAUUUGAAAGAGCAGAAGCAUCGUCAGAGCAGCCAGCAGAAAUGUUGAAUCCCAAUAACUGCUAUGACUGAUUAUUUUUAAAGUGCAUGACCCAGAAGUUUUCCUCUUUACCAAAAAUACAGCAGAAUGUAUCAGAUACAAAGCAAUGAGCUUAAGACUAACAUCACAACAUUUAUAACAAGCUACCAUAAGAUUUAUGCUACCGAGUGCCUGAUUAAUAGCAAAAUAGGAUGUUAUAAUUUACUCCUGACUCCUAUGCAAAAUGUGUAAUACUACGUGUUGGUACUGAAUUACAAUCACAAGGUGAGUCCUGUGCUGCUAUAAUAUAACUUGGAAUGCUUUUGAGGAGACAUUUUCAUUAAGCCACAAUGUGUGCUCUUUUCUUUACUGAUCUUUUUGAUAUUUUCCAUCUAUUGUACAGAUUUAUUUAUGGAUUUAUUUUCACACACAACAAUGGCAUGUUAAGCCAGUUAGGCCAUGGUCUGUGUAGACUGUCAAUUAGAUGAAAAAUACGCUAACUAGUGGAAGCAAUAUGGUUUUGUUAGCUUUUCAGAUUUCUUGGGCAAAAAACAUUGUAAUCUUUCCAUCUAUGCUGAUGUUCUACAUAGCGAGGAAGUAUAUUUCCACUCUGUUACCCUAAAGCAAUGACGAGGAACUGAUCUUUUACACGUCAACAACCUAUAUGUAAAAACAGGUUUGUGGAAAUGCAUUAAAGAACAUUUAACCACA